AUGACCGAGUUCUUAAUCGCGUACGGCUCUCAGACUGGCCAAGCUGAGGCAAUUGCUGGGCAGAUUAAAGAACGAGCCGAAAGUUUAGGCCUGACACCAUCAUUACAUGUACUUAAUGGUCAUGAGUCAAAGUUCCAUCUUGAAAAGGAAAAGCUAGCUGUGAUAGUUGUCUCCUCCACUGGCGAUGGAGACCCACCUGAGAACUGUGAUCGUUUCGUUAGAAAAAUAAGCAGAAAGACUUUAGAGCCAGGAUUUUUAAAAGAUCUAGAAUAUGCCAUACUUGGCUUGGGAGAUUCAAACUAUUCUACUUAUCAAGGAGUUCCACGGAAGAUCGAUAAGCAACUGAAAUUUUUGGGAGCUGAAAAGAUAUUGGAGACUGGAGAGGCUGAUGAUCAAAUCGGGCUAGAGUUAGCUGUUGAACCAUGGAUUGAAAAAUUGUUCAAUAUUUUAGCAGAACGCUUCGGAAUUUCUCAGGAAAAGUUAUCAUCUCUAUUUGAUUCAAAGCUGAAGUUCAACGCUGUGAAGACUAAAGAAGAAAAAGAGUUGUUGGCUCAAACAAUUUCUGAAGAUGCGAGAGAAGAACCCCAUAACGAAUAUUCAACUCUCAAAAUAGUUCCACAGUUUUAUCCAGACAAUUCUAUCAUAAAAGGUGACGUGAAACUGAGCUUAGAUAACAAUUUGAGAGUACCAAUCGCACCCCAAGACUUCCUUGUUUCAUCGUUUAGUCAUAAAAAACACUCAGUCAACACUUCUGUUUGGCAGAAUGGAGCCAAAAUGCCUGGAGUUGUUAGUGCCCCUUUUAAUGUAACUGUUGUUGGAACUGCUUUGGUGACUGAUCACGAUGUUCAAAAACCCAAAAGGGAAAUAAUUAUUGAUCUAGGAGAGCAUGAGGCUGUUCUACCUUAUGAACCAGGAGAUGCUUUCUAUUUCAUUGCUCCGAAUAAUGUUGCGGAGGUGAACUUCAUUUUAAAGAGAUUGGGCUUGUUAGACUUGGCUGAUAACGAAUGGAAAAUAGCAGUUGACACGAACACUAAGAAGUUGAAAGCUGUUGUUCCACCACACAUUCCGGAAAUCACAACUUUGAGGCACUUAUUCACAUAUUGUUUAGAUAUUCGACGUGCACCUGGAAGACCUCUUUUGCGAAUUUUCGCUGAUUCUGCCAAGAAAGAAGAAGAAAAACGACGUCUUCUUGAAUUAUGUAGUGCCCAAGGCAUGAACGACUUCACUCUUCAUAUACGCCAGGCAGGUCUAUCGGUUGUUGAUGUUUUGUAUGCUUUCCCAAGCGUAAAACCAAAUGUAGACAGAUUGUUAGAGUUACUACCUCGGCUUAUGCCAAGACCAUACAGUGUUGCUACAGCCAAGAAAAGAAGAGUUAGAUUCGUCUAUUCAGUUAUGACUUUCACAGCUGAAGAGGGAAGAUGCUAUGAAAGACAAGGAGUCGCAACAGAAUGGUUGAACACCUUAAAAGUUGGAGAUAGGAUCCAGAUAAUGGGUAAAGAGCCAGCACGGUUCCGUUUGCCACCCCCUCCUUUGGAAGCUUCUUCGGUAGCUAGUAUGCCGAUUCUCAUGAUAGGACCAGGAACAGGUGUAGCUGUUUUCUUGUCUUUCUGUCAGCAUCUAUUGCAAUUGAAGUUAUCUGAUCCUGAACAUUUCCCAAACGUUCCACGAUACUUGUAUUUCGGUUGUCGCCAUUUGAACAAAGACUUCAUCUAUAAAGAAGAAAUCGAAUCAUAUGUAAGAGAAGGUAUCUUGUCUCAAUUGAUUAUUUGUGAAAGCCAAGGUGCUUCUGAUCCCAAUCGUUCUAAAUAUGUUCAAGAUGCUUUAAAAGAACGGUCUUCCGAGGUUAACGAGUUUUUGAACAUAACUGGAGAUCAUCCCUCACGUGUAUUCAUAUGUGGAGAUGCUAAAGGCAUGUCUAAAGAUGUUUGGGCAGCUUUCCAAGACAUAAUUCAACAGACAAAAGGAAUACCUGAAGCAGAAGCGAAAGCUGUUUUGACAGAUUUGAAGAAAUCUGAUCGCUAUAUUGAAGAUGUAUGGUCUUGA